UCACGACAAUUUACAAUGACUAUCAAACGGGCAGUUAAAGUCCUUAAAUACAUUCCUGAAUGUUGCAAGUUGCAACAUUGUCCCCAAUGCUCUGCCAAAAAAAACAUUGUCCUCAAUUUUGAAAACGAGAAGAUGAAGCACUCAUCAUGCGCACACACCUUUGAUCUUCCUUACGAUAUCGCCUUCAAAAUUGCUUCUUUCCUUCUGGUACGAGAUGUAUGCGCGCUUGGAAGUUGCUCCAAAUUUUGGAGGGAAUUAUGCGGCUCGGAUCAUAUAUGGGCUCCAUUGACUAAACAGAGAUGGCCUUCCCUUCAUUUAUCUGAUAACUCUCAAAUUCCUCAUCAUUUAAAUUCUCAACCACACAUACGGGGUUGGAAGAUCUUUUACAUACAAAGACACCAUGAGAUGAGAAUCAGAGUUUUGAAAUUUGUGGAACAUUAUUCCUGUGUUUCUCUGGAGGUUCAGGAGUAUCUCACAGCAAUAGAAGGCCUCUGCUCAAUGCAAGCUGAUUUUAUGGAUGUGCGGACGUUUUUGUUAAAUACAGAGUUGAAUGUGUUGCUUAACUUAGUUGGAUUGCACUACAGUAUCAACUGGCUUGGAGUGCCUCUACAACGUGUUAUGAAUGCCCUUCAAGGUUCCAACAUUGCAGACAGAAAAGUAUCAAUAAAAUGGUGGAAAGUGGGCCGAUGGUCUAAUGGAUUUCGACUGCGGGAUGAAUCUCAUCAUCGUGUAGUCUCGUUAGCUGAUUUUGCAACGAACAAAGAAGAGCAUGUCCGCGGGGUGCUGUCAAGAGGUGCUGUCUAUGAGGUCAUCCGGGUUCAGAUAUCUGUUGCAUAUCCUUUGAGUGUUCCUUGGACAUGCCAAAGCUCAGUGUCUCCUGGCCGUUAACCUUGCAUUUGCAGUAGUCUCUUCUUUGAUUUAUGAUAUACAUGGAUACCUCCUUAAUGUACUAUUGAUUCUGUAAUUUACUGUUGCUCAGCAUGAAUGCUCGUAUAUAUGAACAGGUUAACUGUAUUAUAUUGUACAUAAUUCAAUUCAUAACAGAUGUUUCUUGCUGCUC